AUGGGUCAGUUACGUGUAGUAGCUUUACGUACGCUACGUAUGGCAGCCUUACGUGGGUUACGUGUAGCAGCCUUAACUGUUAUACUUAACGUACUUAAGGCUGCUAUACGUAAACUACGUAAAGCUGCUAUACGUAACCUACGUAAAGCUGCUAUACUUAACGUACUUAAGGCUACUACACGUAACCCACGUAAAGCUGCUAUACGUAACUUACGUAAAGCUGCUACAUUUAACGUACUUAAAGCUGCUAUACGUAACCUACGUAAGGCUGCCACACUUAACGUACUUAAGGCUGUUAUACGUAACCCACGUAAGGCUGCUAUACGUAGCGUACGUAAAGCUGCUAUACGUAACUUACUCGUAAACUAUAGUUUACGGGCUAUAUAG